CUGCUGGAGAAGGAGGAGGCACUCCGGACGCUCUGGAGUAACUUCAGCAUCAGCAUCAUCUGCUGCGACGAAACUGUAAAACACACACACACUCACACUCAGAGCUUCUGUUUUAUACCUUUACUUCUGCCAAAAGUUGUGUAUUUUUUUAACCAGGAGCAACAAAGAAGAGGGACUUUGGAGGUGUUUGAACUGAGUUACUGAUCACCUGGAAACAUCAGCUCCUUGUUUCUGAUAUUUUCCAGACUGGACUCGUACUAUCUGGAAUUUGGGGAUUUUUGGUUUCUUUUGUUUUUCUGCGUCAGGAAACUUUGACGCAUCUAAACACUGUUACAUUGGAUCCUGGUUGGACCGGAUCCGCUCGGACGCUGCGCAGUCUCCCCCUGAACCGGAUUUGAUGGAAACAUGACCAAAGCUGCACCCGGACCGGUUCCCCCGCGCUGCAUCCACCUCCACCUGCACCUCCACCUGCUCCUGCCGCUGCUGCUCCUCCAUGCGUUACCGGUGCGUCUCUCAGCCCAGUCCGGGCAUCCUGUGCGCCACUUCGGGCACAUCUUGGAGAACUCCCCGGCCGGGACGCCUGUGAGCGGGGUGAUGCUGCCGCUCGGAGCCGGCGCAGGAUGCACCGGGGCGGACCUCAACGCCAGUUUGAAGGGGGAUUACGCGUCAGAUUUUCGGCUUGUGCACCACCGCGGACACCGGGACCACCGGGGCCAUCUGGGUUUGGUCUCGGUCAGACCUCUGGACCGGGAGUUUAUAGCCAUGUACGAGCUGACGGUGGACGGGUGUCUGAGGAGACCGGCCCUGGUCCAGGUCGAGGUGUCAGACCGGAACGACAACAUCCCCCGGUUCACGAGCGGGAACCAGACCGUGGAAGUGGACGAGUUGACGCCGAUCGGGACCGAGCUGGCCCGCUUUGACGCAAAGGACGGCGACGCGGACCGAAACGGACGCGUCACCUUUUACGCAUCGCCGGAGUCUCACUACCUGCACGUGGUCCCCCUAACCGGACAGGUGAGGCUCGUGCGGUCCCUUCUGGGGGUCAGCCAGGUGAGCGCGCGCCUGUACGUGAAGGACGGCGGAGACGUGGCUCUGAUCGGGGAGCCGGUGUCCCUGCGCGUCAACGUGCUCCGGUCCGGGAGAGCCGCGAGACGGAAGCCACGCGCCCUGUCCGAGGAGCUCACAUACACCGUGAGCGUCCCGGAUCACUUCAGGGUCGGGGAUCUGGUGUUCACGGUACCGGAUCAGAGGUUCGAGAAGCGCUGGUUUGAAGUGAUCUCGGAGGCGGACGCACCGGUCCAGAUCGAGCGGGAUUCGGGGCGUCUGUACCUGGCGCGCAGCCUGAGGGAGCCGGCGGAGGUGGUGGUGAAGAUCCAGAACCUCCGAGGUGACGAGUGGUACCUGUGCAGGUUGGCUCUGAGCAUGCCCAGUCAGGCCGACCUGCAGUGGGCCAUGUUUCCAUCUCCGUACCUGAGCGCCGUUGGUCCUGAUGCAACAGCCGGAUCUGUGGUUUAUCGACUGUCGGCACGGCAACGGGAUGGCACUGUUGGACAGGCACAGUUCAUGCUGCUGGAUGGUGCGGAGGAGUGCUUUGAGGUCGAUCGUCGCUCCGGUGAGAUCAGGACCACAGGGCGACCUCUGACCCCCAGUAAGGAGUACCUGCUGCGAGUUCAGGCGGUGGACGGACUCGGACGUAAAGGCUCGCCUGCCACGGUGGCCGUCCUGGCUGGCUACCGACCGCCGCAGUUCACCAACACCACCUACAGCCUGAACGUAGCUGAGAACACACCAGCUGGACAACCGGUCGCGGUGGUCCAGGCCAUCUCCUUCCAGAAGAAGAGUCUGUCCUACAUGCUACUGGUGAAUCCUGGGAAUCUGUUCAGCAUCAACCAGGAGAGCGGAGCGCUGAGCCUCACCAGGACCGUGGACUACGAGAGCGGACACAACCUCCAUACGCUGCAGGUCCGAGCCUCAGAACCUGACACGGGCCUCAGUGGUGUCGCAGAGGUGGUCGUCCACAUAACAGAUGAGAACGACUGCACACCUGAGUUCCUCCACUCCAUCUACACCAGAGACAACAUACCUGAGAGCAUUGCACCUGGAACCUCCCUGCUGCAAGUUCUGGCUCGGGACUGUGACUCCGGCGUGAACUCUGAACUCUCCUACUUUGUCCACGGUGAUGACUUUGACAUCACAUCAGGGGGCGUGGUCAGCCCUGCUCGUCGCCUUGACUAUGAGCGGCCCAAUCAUGUCUAUGAAUUUGUGGUGGUUGCCGUGGACGCAGGGACACCUUCCCGCACGGGUACCGCUUCUGUUCGCAUCCGGGUCGCCAAUAGCAACGAUGAGGCGCCCAUCUUCUCCCAGAACAUUUAUAAGACUUUCCUAAGUGAAGACGCUGGUCCUGAUACACUGGUCGCCAUCGUCCACGCCAAUGAUCCAGACGGAGAUGCUGUCUCCUACGCUAUUACCGGCGGCAACGAGGACAGCAACUUCCUGCUGGACAACCAAAAAGGCAUCAUUAAACUGCGUCGGAGCCCCCCUCCCAGACUCAGGGGUCCACAGUACGUCCUCAACAUCACGGCCACAGAUGAUAACGCGUCCGGCGGACCCUAUCCACUCAGCAGCUCCGCUCAGGUCAUCGUGGGCAUCAACGACAUCAACAACAACAAACCCGUCUUCCAUGAGUGUCAGAACUACAGUCUGAACGCCGCCGUCCUGGAGAACCAGCCCCCGGGGGCGUUUGUCCUGCGAGUCCAGGCUCAUGAUGCCGACAUGGGGGUCAACGGAGAGGUCAAAUACAGCAUCAUGCACAGAGAUGGCGUGUCAUCUGGGUUCGACAUCGAUCCUGACACCGGUGUGAUCACCACGGUGAUGAGCUUCGACCGGGAGCGUCAGAGGGAGUUCACUCUGUCGGUGACGGCGACGGAUCAGGCCGAGGAGCCGCUGAUUGGAAUCUGUCAGAUCACGGUGCUGAUCGCAGACCAGAAUGACAACGAUCCCAAGUUUGAAAACAGCCGAUACCAGUAUUUCCUUAGAGAAGACACUCCGGUGGGAACUAGUUUCUUGCGAGCGGCGGCACACGAUGACGACCAAGGGAGCAAUGCUGCCAUCACCUACUCACUGUCCAGUCAGAGGCCAGCUUACCUGCACAUCAACCCCAGUACCGGCUGGAUUUACGUCAACCACCCCAUCUCACAGACGUCCAGGAUCAACCAGCAGAUUGUGGCAUCGGACGGAGGGAAUCGCAGCAGCUCUGUGGAACUCACGGUCAUCAUCACAAAUGUCCACAACCAGCCGCCACACUGGGAACAGUCAGAAUACUGGGUCACCGUACCGGAAAACACUGUCCGAGACGCCAAGAUAGUGACCAUCAAGGCGACGUCCCCUCUCGGUGACCCCCGGGUGACCUACAACCUGGAGGAGGGUCAGGUUCCAGAGACCAACAUGCCGGUUCGGUUUUACAUCAAGCCAAACCGGGCUGAUGGGUCUGCUUCCAUCCUGGUGGCCGAGAACCUGGACUACGAGACGACUCGCUUCUUCACGCUCAGGGUUCGAGUGCAGAAUGUCGCCGCUGUGCCGCUCGCCUCCUUCACCACCGUCUAUGUCAACGUCACAGAUGUGAAUGACAACGUCCCCUUCUUCCUGUCAUCCACCUACGAGGCCACGGUUCCCGAAGGGGCAGAAAUUGGGACGUCGGUGGCUCAGGUGUCGGCUACGGAUCUGGACUCUGGUCUGCACGGGAUGAUUCAUUACGUGAUCCUGAAGGACGAGAGCGGGGACUCGCAGUUCUUCAGCAUCGACCCACGUAGUGGCGUCAUCACCACUCGAGCCUCCUUCGAUCGUGAGCAGAAGGCUUCGUAUUUGAUCGAGGUCCAGUCACAGGACGGCUCCGAGUCUGCCCGACCCGGACAACAGGGACAACCCAACACCGACACGGCCUACGUCAGGAUCUUCAUCACAGAUGUCAAUGACAACGCUCCGGCCUUCGCCCAGUCGGUGUACGAGGUCAGCGUGGAGGAAGACAAGGAGGUUGGCUUCGUCCUCAUCACCGUCACCGCCAACGAUGAAGACGAAGGUGCCAACGCUAAGCUGCGAUACCAGAUCACUGCAGGAAACACCAUGGGAACCUUCGACGUGGAGCCAGAGGUGGGCACCAUCUUUGUGGCUCAGCCUCUGGACUACGAGAUGGAGCAGCGCUACGAGCUCCGCCUCGUCGCCUCCGAUGGGAAGUGGGAGAACGAGACGCUGGUGGUGGUUCAGGUGGUCAACCGUAACGACGAGGCACCUGUCUUUAGCCAGUCAGAGUACCACGCCAUCGUGACCGAAGAGCUCACACAGCUGCCCGUCUUCAUCCUGGAGGUAUCAGCUACUGAUCCAGAUCAAGAGGCCGACCAGACUGCUCUCCGUUACUCUCUCCAUGGUCAGGGCGCUGGUGGUGAGUUCACCAUCGAUGAGCGCACUGGGAGAAUCUACGCACAGCGUCGCCUGGACCGGGAAGAGCGUCCGGCUUGGAGAUUCCUUGUCCUGGCCACAGAUGAAGGUGGUUCAGGACUAACAGGAUUCGCUGAUGUGUUUUUAGAAGUUCGUGAUGUCAAUGACAACGCACCGUUCUUCCCUUGCCCAGCGCUGGAAGUAGAUGGAUGUUUUGUCGGCCACGUGCCUGAGAAUUCCCCGGCCGACACUUCUGUCAUGGAGAUGCGCGCAAUGGAUCUGGAUGAUCCCAACGAGGGCAGGAACGCAAUGCUGACCUACAGCAUCACCAAGAACGUCCGCAAUGAGAUCAACCUCAACCUGUUCUCCAUCAACGCCACCACAGGGACCAUCUACACGGUCCUACGUUCACUGGACCGGGAGCUGGAGGACCAGUAUCUGGUGGUGGUGGAAGCCAGGGAUGGAGGCGGUUUGGUGGGGACGGGGACAGCCACCAUCAUGGUUUCAGAUGUCAAUGACCACCCACCUGUCUUUACUCAAAGGGUCUACACCACCCAGGUGACCGAGGACCUGGAGGUGAACAGCGAGGUCCUUGUUGUUUCUGCCACAGAUGGAGAUGAGGGCGAGAAUGCCGUGGUAACCUUCAGCAUUGUCGGGGGAGACGAAGACAGGAAGUUCUUUGUGGAGACAGAUAAGGUGAACCGCCGUGGUGUGAUUAAACUGAAGAAGAAGGUCGACUUCGAGAAGCCUCAUGAGCGCACGUUCAACCUGACACUGAAGGCUGAGGACGCUGACUUCUUCAGUCUGGCCUACUGCCUCGUUCAAGUGGAGGACUCCAAUGACCACGCCCCUGUGUUCUUCCCACAAUUCUAUGAAGCACCAGCCAUGUCUGAAGACAUACCUGUGGGGACUAUUGUUGCUCAGGUGACGGCGUCUGAUCUGGACUCAGGCCUGAAUGGAAAGUUUUCGUAUAGUAUCUCCAAAGAGUCUGACCCCUACAGUCAGUUCCUGGUGGAGCAGUCUGGUUGGGUGGUGGUGGCUGAUUCUUUAGAUCGGGAGAAAAUCUCACAGCACAGGAUCAUGGUCCUCGCCACCGACGCCGGCAGCCCAGCACUGACUGGCACCGCCAUCGUCAUGGUAACUGUCCUCGAUGUCAAUGACAAUGGGCCAGAAUUUGAGGUCCAGUACAAACCGGUUGUUUGGGAAAACACAGCAGCACCACAGCCUGUACGAAUGAAUGAAACGUCGCUCCUCCUCCAUGCCACAGACCGUGACACAUCCACCAAUGGCAGCCCGUUCUCCAUCCGCCUCCUCAUGCUCACCUCAGACGCCACAAACUUCAACCUGACCGACUUUAGGAAUGGCAGUGCUGCCAUCACUGCCCUCCGAACCUUUGACCGUGAGCGUCAGAAGGAGUACCGCCUCCCGAUUCUGAUGAUUGACAGUGGCUCUCCUCCAAUGAGCUCCACCAGCACACUUACGGUUGUCAUUGGCGACCGGAACGACCACCCCCACUCACCAGGACACACCAACUUCAUCGUCUACAGCUAUGAGGGUAUUCUCCCGACGACGGUGCUCGGACAAGUUCAAUCCCCCGACCUUGAUGACUGGAGCGAGAAGGAGUACAGAUUCGAAGGCAAACCAUCCAGGUUGUUCAGUCUAAACCAGAGUUCGGGUCAGCUCAGUAUCAGAGAGGGGGCUCCUCCUGGGUCAUACCAGCUCCAGAUCCGAGUGUCGGACCGAACCUGGCCCGAUGUCACCUCCACGGUCCAGGUGGAUGUCACAGAGCUGAAACAGGAUGCCCUGCAAAACGCCGCAUCCAUCCGCCUCAACAACCUGACCGUAGACCAGUUUUUCAGCAGUGGUCCAGGCGAGGAGAGUGGUUUCUUCCGUCUGGGUCGAGUGUUAGCCGAACUCCUCCAGACGUCACCGGAAAACGUCCAGGUCUUUUCUGUGAGCGACUCCAGCCGCCAGGGGGAGAAGGAGAUCAGUGUCUGGUUCGCGGCCCAUGGUUCGCCAUAUUACAAGACAGAGAAACUGCAAGGCUACGUGGCGGUAAACAGAGCCAAGGUGGAGUCUGCUUUGGGGGUGUCGGUGUCUCAGGUGGGGGUCGACGACUGUCCGUUCACAGGCUGCGGCGGUUCCGGAGGCUGCAGCUCUGACGUCUCCUUCGGUCCGUCUCCUCUUCCUCUCAGCUCCGGUAACGUUUCUCUGGUGUCGCUGCCGGCCUCGACCUCGGCUCGAUGCGGCUGCAGGGGGCGGGACUCUACACACCUGUCGUGCUCCGCCUACCAGGUGAACCCCUGCCUCAACGGGGGCACCUGCCAGGACGGACCCCUGGGGUACAGGUGUAAAUGUCCUCCGAUGUUCGACGGACCUGAGUGUCAGCAGACCAAACACAGCUUUGGAGGUCAAGGAUACGCCUGGUUUCCUCCCAUCAGGCCUUGCUUCCAGAGUCACAUCUCCCUGGAGUUCCUGGCUGAGUCACCAAAUGGCCUGCUGCUCUACAACGGACCGCUUGGCCCCGCCCACUCCGCAGAGCAGGAGGACUUCAUCGCUAUCGAGUUGAGGAAUGGUGUUCCAGCUCUGAGCAUCAACCACGGAUCAGGAACACUGACUCUGCAGCUACCCGAAAAAUCCACCGUCACCGACCGACGCUGGCACCGCCUCGACGUCAUCAGUGACGGAAAGGUUGUGCAGCUGAUCCUGGAUCAGUGUGGAGGUGUUGCAGUCAAUGAGAUGGAGGGAAUCGGAGGAGACGUUCAGGAGGUGGAAGAGUCCGGCUGUAGAGCUGCAGGAGAAACACCUGGAAACCAGAGGUAUCUAAACGUCUUCCAGCCUCUUCAGUUGGGUGGAGUGAAGGAAACAUCUGUUCACCGACGCUACAAGAGCUUCAGCGGCUGCAUCCGAAACCUGAUGGUAGACAGUCAGGUGUACGACCUGGCGUCUCCAGGUGAGAGCGUGGACAACCCGGGGUGUCGGCUGACAGACGGAGUGUGUGUGACGGCGGCCGGCCCGUCCUGUGGCGUUCAUGCCUCCUGCCUCGCCGACUGGGGCUCCUUCAGCUGUGAAUGUCACCCAGGAUUCACCGGACACAAGUGUGACAGAGCCAUCCCAGAAUUCUCCUUUGACGUGAACAGCGUGGCUCGUUUCCAGCUCCGUGGAGGCGGCAGCGCUCGUCGAACAAACAUCCAACUUCUCCUCCGCACCCGAUCCACCUCAGGGACCCUGCUCUCCGUGUCGUCCCGGGAAGCCCACGAGUACAUCAUACUGGAGAUCCUUGACGGUCUUCUCUCGGUUCGGGCCGACCUCGGUGACGGCGCCCACUCUCUGCAGCUGCCCGGGCUGCAGGUCGACAUCGGCCAGUGGGUUCUGGCCAGCCUCAGUCGCCAUGACAACCUGUUCACUCUACGUUUAGAACAAGGCGGGGGCUCUCGGGAGGUCCAGGCCCGACUGGGGAACCGCAGGGAGCUGGUGGUUCAUCCGGCCAGCGUGAUGGUUGGAAACAGACUAAACUCUGGAGACAACGCUGACUUUCAAGGCUGCCUGCGGGAUGUUCGUUUUAAUGGUCAGGUCCUCCCUCUGGACGGUCAGAGUCGGGACUUGGUAACGGUUCUGGAGAGACGAGACGUCACCUCGGGGUGCUCCAGCGACGCCUGCAGCUCUCAGCCCUGCCGCAGCCCACUGCGCUGCAUCGACCUGUGGAGGAAACACCAGUGCAGGUGCCCCGGCGGUCAGGUGACAGUAACAGACGACUCCGGUCAGCCGCGCUGCGUCCCGUCGCCCUGUGGACCCUCAUCCUGUCGUAACGGAGGCGUCUGUCAGGCGUUGUCACCUGACAGUUACCGGUGCCGCUGUCAGGAGGGGUUCAGGGGUGAGCGCUGUGAGCUGGGUCAGGUCAAAGGUCACCGCAUGGCCGCCCUCAGCCCCAGCUCCAUCCUGGCCAUCAGCAUGUGUCUGCUCGUCUUCUUUGCUGUGUUGGUGGCUGUGACCGUGUGGAACCAGAAAGGCAGCCGCAACAAGUUCAGAAAGCGAGGAGUUUAUCACAUCCCUGCCGAACACGAAAGCUGGGAGGAUAUUCGAGAAAACAUCCUGAACUACAACGAGGAGGGAGGAGGAGAGCAGGACCAGAACGGUUACGACAUCACCGAGCUGAAGCGUCCUCUCUGCUCCAGUUUGUCCCAGUCCUCAUCCUGCACCACCGCUCCGCUCAUCAAAUCCUCCCCGGGGUCUCAGGAGGAGGUCCACCCGUCCGGAUCCUCCUGCAGCUCUGGAGCUCCGUACCUCAGCAUGCCCCAUCACCACCACCACCACCAUCACCAUCAGCACGCCGCCAGCUACGCCUCGGACUCCCCUUACGCCAACUACACCGCUCACACAGGACGGGACAUAGAGCUGAGCGAGGCGGGCGGGUACAUGGACACCGCCCCGCCCUCGCGUUCCCACGUGGACUUUAAAAGCUACGUGGCUCGAAUCAUCUGGGAGGCCGACAACGACGGCGAGGCCUUCCCGCCAGACGCCUACCACGUGUGGUGCGUGGAAGGAUCUGGGUCAAUGGCGGGAAGUUUGAGCUCCUUGGGAUCAGCGGCUUCACGUCAUAACAUAGACAACGAGGAAGAGGACGAUGACGACGGGGGGUUUGUUUAUGACACGCUGUCCCGAUGGGGCCCCAAGUUUCAGGCUCUGAGCGACAUGUACGACCGCCCACAGCUGACCCUCACAUACAGGGAGGCAGUGGAGUACAUACAGAGGAGCCACAGCCACGAACCACUGCCUCUGCACCACUAGAGGGCGCUGCACUCAGA